AUGCCAAUAAACAAUCUGCUGUGUCUGAUCACCUGGCCCCCUGCUGACCUAGCAGUGCCCUGUUUUGGGGGACCUAGCUCUGGGUAUCAGAGCCCAUUUUGGGGGGACCUAUCUCUGGGUAUCAGUGCCCAUUCUGGGGGUCCUAUCACUGCGUAUCAGAGCCCAUUUUGGGGGGACCUAGCUCUGGGUAUCAGUGCCCAUUUUGGGGGGACCUAGCUCUGGGUAUCAGUGCCCAUUCUGGAGAAGCUAUCUCUGGGUAUCAGUGCCCAUUCUGAAGAAGCUUUCUCUGGGUAUCAGUGCCCAUUCUGAAGAAGCUAUCUCUGGGUAUCAGUGCCCAUUCUGGAGAAGCUAUCUCUGUGUAUCACUGCCCAUUCUGGAGGACCUAUUUCUCGAUAUCAGUGCCCAUUCUGGAGGACCUAUCUCAGGGUAUCGGAGCCCACUCUGGAGGACCUGCUGGCGUUAUUCCCCUUACUGUUGCUGCUGCUGUGUGUUUGCCACUGGUGCCCAUGAUGCCUCUGAGUGCCCUGCCGGGGACCCGCUCCCUGAGCCCCGCUGCCCUCUCUCGCAGUCUGUCCCGGCUACGGGAGUACCGCACUCGCUCCAGGAUCAUGCUGUCUCUCGGGGUGUCCCAGAUGGUGCUCGGAUGUCUCAUCGUGGCUGUCAGCUUCGCUGCCCUGGCUCUCACCACCUCUGCCAGGGUCAGGCAUUCGUGCCCGUUCUGGGCCGGCUUCUCGGUAAGUGGAAACAGUCAGAGAAUGUCAUAG